GAGUUUACAGAUCGAACGUUAGUCUGUAGAAGAAGACCAUUGUUAGUUAGCAUAGACAGUGGACACUGUAGGAUUAAAACAAACUGUCAAUUGACAGAUAAAUACAACAGAAAUCAAAUACAUAGGCUUUCACUGAAGGACCAGAAGUGUUGACACGUCCCGUCCAAAAUGGUUAAUGUCUUGAAAGGAGUUCUCGUUGAAUGUGACCCAGCUAUGAAGCAGUUUCUCCUAUAUCUGGAUGAGACGUCGGCAUUGGGGAAGAAAUUUAUCAUCCAGGAUCUGGACGACACGCACGUUUUCAUCCUAGCUGAAGUUGUGCAGAUUCUCCAGGAGCGAGUAGGAGAACUGAUGGACCAGAAUUCAUUUCCCAUCACCCAGAAAUAAAUGUCUGAAUCUGACAGCAGACCCUACAGUCUGUGAGAGCAGAUGGAUGUGGAGAUUCUUUCAGCACAAUUGCACAAACACAGAUGUAACUGAAAUAUAUAAGCAACUGUUCUUUUUGGUUUAGUUUGACUGUGUUGCAUACAUAUUUCAUCUGAGAGAAUUAUAAGUUUCAACUGCUUUUUGUUGCAUGUUUCAAAGACGGCUUCUUGAAUCUUUUGCUGUGUUCUGACAGUGGUCAACAAAUUGUGUUUUGGGUGUAAAAAAUGACUUGAAAUGUAUAUAUAAAAUGAAAUUAGCUGCAAGGGUUUUUUUUUCAACAUAUCAAAAUUGUAUACAAAUUGAAAGCAGAUGGUUUGAUGACAGUGUGAUUUAUAUACAUGCAUAAUAUACAAGAAUCAAAUUAAAAAAAUGUUCUCGGUUUA